CAUUCAAAAUCUUCUUGUUUUUAUCUUCCAAAAUUUGGACUUUGGGGCUCAUCACAAAUCCCUCAAUAAUGCUUCAAUUCAAGAAGAAAAUUGUAUCUUUUCUUGUUCAGAAACUUUGCCAAUAACAAUAAGCUAUCUCUGUUUAAGUGAUGGAAGUACCUACUAGAAUUGAAAAAAUAAGCAAACCCAGUCCAAGAAUCUCUGUUUGGUCAUCACCCACAAACCGUCCUCCUGGUUUUGUUCUGUAAUUUUCAAGUGGGUGUUUUUCUUGCUGCAAAAAAGAUGGAUUUUUUAAGUUCUUUUAAUGGGUUGAAUGAAGUUUAUGGGGGGUUUCAGGGUAUAAUAGGAAAUGGGUUGUCAUCAUCUUCUUCAUUGGUUUUGGAUAAUGAGAAUGGUGAGCUUGUGAAGGCAAUGGUGAAACCAGGGGGAAAAGGGGAUAAUCAAGAAAAAGCUUUGAUUGCUUUGAAGAAUCAUAGUGAAGCUGAAAGGAGGAGGAGGGAGAGGAUUAAUGGUCAUUUGGGUACUCUUAGGAAUCUUAUACCUGGCACUAAUAAGAUGGACAAGGCUGCUUUACUUGCUAAAGUCAUCGGCCACAUAAAAGAAUUGAGAGUGAAUGCAGCAGAAGCUACCAAAGGCGUUCUAGUUCCAACAGACAUUGAUGAAGUUAAAGUUGAACAACAAGCAGAGGGAUCUGACGGAGCCACUUAUUCUGUCAAGGCAUCUUUGUGCUGUGACUAUAAGCAUGAACUUAUUUCUGAUCUGCGACAAGCUCUGGAUACUCUCCCCCUAAAGACUCUAAGGGCAGAGAUUGCUACGCUAGGGAGCAGAAUGGUUAGCGUUUUCGUGAUUACUGAGGGCAAUGAAAGGAAUAUUGAGGAUACUGAAAGGUGCCAGCUUCUUAUAACUUCUGUUCGUCAGGCUUUGAGGUCAGUGCUUGAUAAAUUUUAUGCAUCCGAGGAAUUCUCUUCGAGAAGUACACUAUCAAGCAAGAGACGAAGAGUCUCAUUUCUCAAUUCUUCGAGCUCAUCUUCUUUAGGGGAUUUCUGGUGAAUAAUGUGUCUUAUUUACUGCAUUUAUUUAUCAACUAUAUAAUGUAUUACGUAAUGAUCUCACGGGUUAAUGGCAUACGUCUUAGCAUGCAUAUCCUCUGAUAAAAUGGAUAUGCAUGCUGCUACAUAUGUCUGCCCUUUGUAAAUGGAGAACGUGUUGCACUAAGUUGCAACCAGUAAAAAUAUAAGCAAAAUUAUUCUGA